AUGGCGGAGAACUUACUUGAAAAGCAAGGAUGGGUGUUGCGUUGUCUCAUACGAAAUCCCGUUGCUACCACCUUUAGGCCUGGUCUUCCAGAUCCAGUGUCAACUGACAAUCCCGAUGAAACAUUUCAAGUUCUCGCAACCUUGGGUUUUCAUGGCAGAAAACGAAAGCAUGGGCAGCACCUUUCCCAAGCAGGAAUAUCCGAGUGCUCCGAUGGAAAAGAUGGCAAAAAUAUUGAUGUCAUUAUUAAGGCAGCCCUUGAUCGUGAUCUGAAACACAUCAGUGUGCCAUUUCUACCAAAAGACAUAAACCGUGGCAAACUUGAAAAAGUGAGUAUGAACCAUGUUUCUUUUCAUUUCAUCCCAGCUAGACUAUGGAAGGGUUUCAAAUCGCUUGACAAUAAAAAAGAACACAGUGAAACUGACAAACAGUUUGAGGAGACGCGGAAGGCAGCAAUCAGGGAGAUCACCAAGACUGCCAUCACUGAGGGAAAAACAAAGCAGUUUGGUGGUGGCAGUGCCGCUGCACUCAACUUCCAGAAAGAGAAACAAAAUCAGAGAUAUCAGACACCAAGCAGUGGUGGUGUAACAGGUGUGGCUGUGACCAAUACGCCAAGUAACAGUAAUGUCAGUAGUAAUAGUAGUAAUACAGGCAUUUAUCGGCAGUUAUCUUCUGGUGUAGAUGAUAACGCACUUCAGCGUUUAGUUGAGAUGGGCUUCCCUCGCGAGCAAUCUAUCACAGCUCUAAAAGAACAUUCUGAUGAUGUUGAUGCAGCUCUCAAUUCAUUACUAUCUUCACAAAAACAGAGUACAAAUCCAAGGCAAGAUAGAGGUGGAAGUGGGCGCGGAGGCAGUGGAGGCAGAGGACGUGGUAGAGGAAAAGGAAGAGGACGAAAUAGAGAUGUGGAUGAUGAUGAUUAUGAGGAAGAUGAUAUGCAAAGUAAACCAUCAGGUCGAACGACAUUAUUUGAUUUCUUGGAAUCACAACUAGGUCCUGCUAAAACAGCAGAAAAAAGUAAGCCUGAGCAAAAUAUGUCGCAGUUCCGAAAUGACACAGGUGGCUACAAACAGCAAGACAGAUAUGAAAGGGACAAUAGAGAUUAUGAUAAUAAGGCUCAAAGAGGUAGAAAGCAAUAUGGACAAAACGAUCAACGAUCAUGUGAUAGACAACCACAGUCUGUGAGGGACGCUGGCAUUGCAUUUGUGCAUGGAAAGGGAGAACCUAAACCAAACAGGGAAUCUAAUGACUAUGCAGAAAAUAGAUCCCGAGGUGGCCGGAGUUCAAACCAGUAUCAGCGAUACAAUGACCAACCUCGAAGGAAUAACGAUGACUCGCGGCCGCCAAGAGAUUAUAGUGGUCGGCAGGAUAGGUACCACAAUGACAGGUAUCAACAGAGUAAACAGGAACAGUAUUCUGGGAGUACAGACAGCUUUUCUGGAAAACCAAGUAAUACGAAUCGGCGGCAAAAUUCGGCUGAAGGGUAUGGGGGUGAGCAGAGGACUAAUAACCGACAGGAUACACGAUAUAAUAGGUACGAUGACAGACACAAAUAUCAACAACAACAAAAUCACUUUAAACAAGAUUGGAAUCAAGAAAAUCGUGAACGAGAUAACAGGCGAAGAGACGCGCCAGGAAGUGCCCCCUCUGUGCUCCGCACUCAGCCACCUGUGGUGUCUAACCCUGUUGAGUUGCCUACACAGGUCCCCCUUAUGCAACAACCACCUCUUCAUCCAACGAUGCAUUGGAGGAAUGGUGAUAAGUGCCUUGCAAAGUACUGGGAAGAUAAAAAGUUCUACCCAGCGAUAAUUCACGCCGUGGACACAAAGUUACCAACUGCAGUUGUCUAUUUCACAGAAUAUGGUAACUAUGAAGAGAUAUUUGCGUCCGAUAUCAAACCACUUCCUGCAUCAGCAGUUGAUUCCAAUGUACCACCUACUAUUGGAGGUAAACCAAGGGUAUACGAAAACUUUGAAGGUCCCGUGUCAGGAGUACUUGAAUUCCGUCACGGUGGAGGUGGAAACUAUCGGAGACAGGAUCCUGGGCAGUAUGCUCCACAAAACAAAGAACGUCGGCCGCCUACGAAACCACAACAGCAGUAUUAUCAGCCACCAGGGGCCAGAAAAUAAAAUAUUAUGUGGACAUAGUGAACUUUUAUUUUAGGGUAAUAAUAGUAUGAUUCAUAUCAGUAUGCACCACAAGAAAUUAUGUGAUCAGCUGAUAAUCUGGGAAUCCUGUUUUGACAAGACUCACCUAUGAUUAUACCAAGUGCAAAGUCAGCGGAAAUGUUCCAAUGGAGUCGCGCUAAAUGUCUAUUGGAAUUUAUUUCUACAUCUAUCACAGUACAUUUUCUUCGCAUGUUUUCAGUCCUCUUAGUAGGCAUGAUCUUUUUACGGCAAUAUUCAUUGCCUCGUCUGUCCUGAAUAUUUUGCUGACAUUUAAGCAAUAAAACAUGUACAUCCCUUUA